GUUCGGGUUCGGGUCAGAUCUACCGCUUUCUUAUCUGAACCUCUGAAAUGGAGAAAAAUGCAUCUUCCCUUUUCGUGUAAUCGUUAACUGGCCAUGAUGACGGCAGGGUACACCGCUCUGGCUAUCGCCGGCGCCGGUAUUGGGACUCCUUUAUCCGGCGAGUUAAAUCAGCAACCGGGUUGUAUAAAGUCAAAGCUAUUCAGCCGAGUAAGAAGCCGUCCUGCAGAUUUUUGCUUUGCCCGGCAUCAAUUUGUGAGGCAAAAGAAAUGCUUCUCGUUACCGAACAACAAGUCGAAUUCGAACCGGAGUUUCGCCCUACGGAAAGACGCCGACGACAACUUCUUGAAGAAUGCGGAAGACGUCGACGAAGUGUUCGACGAUUUGUUCAACAAGUACGGGAAAGUGGUGUUCAGAAGCAACGACCAGAGGCCUUCAAUCGCCGAGGUUGAUGACGAUGCUGAAAUCUUGUCAUUUGCCGUAGCGGUAGCAAAAGUUGCGAGUGAUGUGAAAGCUGGCGACAUAAAGGUCCUGUUUGUGAAGCCUCUGGUGUACUGGACUCGCUUCUUCAUAAUCGCCACUGCAUUUUCCCGGCCACAGAUUGAUGCAAUUGCGUCGAGGAUAAGAGAUCUUGGUGAGAAGCAGUAUGGGAAAGUUCCAUCUGGAGACACAAAACCAAACUCAUGGACCCUUUUGGACUUUGGUGAUGUAGUGGUGCACAUAUUUCUUCCCGAGCAGAGGGAUUACUACAACUUGGAGGAGUUCUAUGGUAAUGCGAAAUCAAUUGAUCUCCCCUUCGAGAAUCAGCCUCCUCCAUUCCGCGGCUGACAAUGAAUAGCAAGUAUAUUUGAACUCUAGUUCGAGUUGUAUACCAUUCGCAGCUAGACCGAGCUUCUUUUGAAGGCUUGCAGAUGCUCGAACAGCCGAAAACUGGAAAGUUUGCAGGGCAGGGAUCUUCUUGCUUCGGGAAUGGUUAUAGGAUGGGAUAUCCUGUCUUUGGCGAUGGUGCCAUUGUAAUGGGUUAGUGUUAGAUUACUGGUUUAGUGUGGUAGUUGAUGAUGUCAGUUGGGAGUGUAAUAGCCAAAGUAUAAUACAUUGCACGAUGGUUUCUGAAGUAGUUGCAGAUACAACCAUUUGUAAACAACACUGAAUCAACAAGCUUUCAGGCCUUUAAAACUCAUUGCACAGUACAUUUCCCACAGUUACAGAUGAUCAU